GUUUUGUGUGGUCCGAUGAGCGCAUUCACACGGCACUAUGUGUGUCACAGAAGGUAGGCCCUGUCUCGCCACUCACAUCAUCGUCCAUGCAGUCACGUGAGUGCAGUGCAGCGGUGAAUGAAUAAAGAUGACUGGCUACUCCUGCCAUGUGAGUGGCGGCUCAAGCGUCUUGGUCAGGAAGGUGAACACAUCUGCGAUCUCCUCGAGCACUUUGGUGGUCGGCUUGCCCGCGCCGUGGCCGCUCUUGGUGUCGAUGUAGGCAAACAGGGGCUGUUUCUGGCCAGCAUGCUCCCGCAAAUGAUGCUGAGCAUACAGACACAGAGGAGGGUCAUUCGAACAGGGAAGGGUAGAUUGGAUAUGCACCUGAAUUGUGGCGAUGAACUUGAGCGAGUGAAAUGGCGACACGCGGUCGUCGUGGUCUCCCGUCAGCAACAGCAGCGCCGGAUAGGAGCCGCCAUCCGCAGGCACCUUCACGUUGUGUAUCGGCGAAUAGCUGAAGACACACACACACACAUGCAGUGCAGCGCAGUGCAGCUCGUGGUGUCGGCGUCUGUUCGCUCGGUAGUGCAUUUGAUUACUUGAUGACCGAGGCGAAUCCGCUUGGGUCAUCGCUGCAGCCGUAGUCGCUCUGCCACGCUCCCCCGAUGCCGAACUUGUGGUACCUCAGCAUGUCCAUGACGCCCACCUGCACACACACGAAUAGCCACACACAUGGCAGUGGAUGCACCUUUCUUUCUGUAGGUGCGAUUUGUGGUGGAACGACUUGGGCAAUGCAGGCCCCAAAGAGGUCUGGCCGCUGGUUGGCGCAGGCAGCCACCAGCAGCCCACCAUUCGACCCGCCCUGGGACGCCAACCUGAACACACACACACGCGCAGACAGACAGACAGACAGACAUCUGCUGAGCAGAAGUGGGGCUAUGCACCGAGUGCUUCAUGCCUUGACCUGCUUGGUGCGGUGUAUCCGCUCUUGACCAGAUAGUCUGCUGCGGAUUGGAAAUCGUCAAAGCAGUUCUGCACACAGCACAACAGCAACACGAGACCAUUCUCCACCCAAAGCGCCACAAGAAACCAUGCAGAGCAGAGCUAGAGCGAUUCCACACCUGUUUCUUGUCGAGGCGGCCGUCGUGGUACCACGAAAGGCCAUACUCUGCCCCGCCCCUGAUGUUGGCCACGGCGUACACACCACCUGCACACACACACGUAUAUGCGACACACAGUGCAAGAGUGACACAACCAUCCCAUCCGUGCAGCGAGCGUGCAGAGGCAAGAGUCAUUACCGAGCUCCUUCAUCCAGAUGAGGUUCUUUGGAGAGAAUGACGGCGUGAGUGAUAUGGAGAAGCCGCCGUAGCCGUAGAGCAGCACUGGGUGAGAUCCAUCCAGCUUGAGACCCUGCAUCGCGCAGACAAAUCGACAGACAGAGACAGGACGGGCACAUCACAUCGGGGCUGUCUGCACUCUGCACGUGUCUCUCUCUUUCCGGAGGAUAGGGUACGUACCUUCUUGUGCGUAAUGAACAUCGGUAUCUUUCGGUAGUCAGUAAAAACACAUACAAGAGUACGCAAACACAAACAAGAGUUCGCACAGAGGCAUCAUGGCAUGGACACUGUCGGUGAGAAACACAUCAUGCAGGCCACAGCAGCCCUCGAGUCAAGUCACCUUAGUGCCGUCCUUCAGGCUCGGAAAGAACACCUGCACGGACAAGACAGAGAAAGAUCAUUCGUUUGAUGGGGGUCCGAUCCACGACACGUACCUGCUUCGUCUCGAACUCGCUCGAGUUGAAGCCCUUGACCUGAACAUUCCAGCAGACCGCCCACCCCACACAUCUUCCUUCGGUGAAUUCACCCUCUACCCUCCUGCGUCCGCGUGUGUGUCACCUGUGCUUGUUUGAAUAUGGACGGCUGCAGCUCCCCCCCCGCGGCCAGCCCAGCCAGAUCCAGACGAUAAAUGGUCGACGGCUCAGUGAAACCAGUCACCUUGUAGAAAAUCUCUGACCAUACACACACACACACGCACGCACACACACACACACACGUGUCGGCUGAGUGGAGGUGGCAUUGCUUUCUCCUCGUCUCUUUCUCCGCUCCCUCGCCGCACCCACCGGUGUCCUUCCUGCUGGAUGAGGUGACCAUCAUGUUCAUGCCGGCAUCGACAGUCUUUCGGUGCUUUACCGUCACCUCCCGCCCCUCCCGCUCCUUCUCGGCCUCGACCCACUCGAAUGAGCCUUCACCGUCGUUGACCGUGAACAGCUCGAGCUUGUUACGGACGUCCUGCAGGUACUCACACAGCAGGAUGUUGGGCGCCGCGCGGCUGGUGCCCUCGAGCACAGCGCCAUUCUCUGCCUCGGGGAUGACGUCGUAUUGGCGGGCUAUACGGCCUUCUGAAAGCGAAAGCAGAGGGGGAAAGGCAUACGAUGAGUGUCCGGGGGAGCGGUCAUGUCCUUCUCUCAUUUCUUGCCUGGUGUUUCUGCGGUGAGGUCUAUGUCCAUGGCUAUGACCUUGUAACGCUGCGCGUCCUUGUUUGUCUGCACAUAAAGGUUUUGUACGUUGGUAUGGCUGCACUACUGACUCGUGUGCUGCCCUGCCCUGCCCAGCUUGUGUGUGCAUACCUGCCACAGGAAUGUCGGGCCGAUGUUGCCGAUCAAGUCGUAUCCAGCAUCGAAAUUAUCUGGAUGAUAUGGACGGCUCAAGCAGGGUGUCACUCAGAUGGGUGCGGUGUGUGUGCGCAUGUGUGUGUACCGUACCGAUGACUGGCUUCCACGACGACUUGACUUUGGUCAUGUCCCUACCGAUGGCCUCCAGAUCACAAAUCCACACUUGAUUGGUCUGUUGGGUGCAACAUGCACACACAGACAGAGUGUGCACGCCUUGUGUGCUGUAUCUUCUGGUGCGUGGGGUCACUUUCAUCUCUCACCGGCUCGCAUGAACGGGAGAUCGACAGCACAAGGUAGCGGCCAUCUGCAGGCAGUCCAGAAGACAUGCACACAACAUCCACAAUGAAUCUUCACUCCACAAAUCCACACAUCCAUCCAUCCAUCCAUCCACUCCUGGACCUUUGGUCUCUGAGGCGCUCGCCAUCCACCUGACCCACACACCAUCCGAACAGGGAUGCAUGCGGCGCAUUGAGGCUGACAAUGCGUCAUUCUGCUCACUCAGGGUCGUCAAAUUGAGCCAGGAGGACGUCUUCCGACUGGGGCGUCCCUAGCCGAUGGAAAUACACCUAUCACACACAGAAUGGAAUGCAAGACGGAUGCACAGCGUCUCAGUGUCGCGUGUCUGUCUCUGCCGAACCUUUUGGUUCUGGUUCUUGGUCGUCUCCGUGCCGUCAGUUUUGGCGUACUUGUCGAGGUCGAAGUUGGAGUAGUACAGCCCACUGUCGUCGUGGUUCCAGCUCACGCCACUGUACUUGACCCUCUUGAGCUGGUCGUCGAUCACGUACUGAGCCUCGUCGGCAGUGCUGUUGUCACCACUUGCCUGAAAGCUCUCCAUGUCCACCACCUGCACACACCAUGCACCACACACCGUGAACGAGGGAAGGCCGACAGCAUCUCUCUGAGCGAUCUGUCCGUCUGUCAUCGGCUUGCCUUGAAUGCGGUCCAGUCCGAGCCCUUCUCAGAGAUGCCGUAGGCCAGUUUGGAGCCGUCGUCAGUGAAGGUGAGUGAUGUGAGGGCGAUGGUGCCGUCCUCCGACCAUGUGUUGGGGUCGAAGGCGCAUCGGGAGGGUGCGUCCAGGGAGGGCAGGGUGUACAGCACGUAUUGUUGCUGACAUGACACGCAAACAUGAAUGACACACAGAGUCAAUGGACGGACGGAUGGUUGGAGGUGAGGGAGACCAGUGCGAGUCAAGUGCCAUCCAUACCUGCAGGCCGCUGUUGUGGUAGUAGUAGUACUUCCCUCCUCUUUUGAAGGGUGUGCCGAACUUCUCGUAGUCCCAAACCUUACAUGCAUUGCAAAGACAGACGAUCCUCACACGAAUGCAAUGCGUGACCGACAAGGCAAGGAUGCCCUGUCAGUGCCGUACCUCCCGCAGGCGAGUGAGUAUCUUUUCUCUGACAGGCGCGUUCUGAAUGAAGGGCGUCGACAGCUCAUUCUGCGCAGCAACAAAGGCCUGAGUCUCCGGGCUGUCGGGGUCCUCCAACCACCUGUAGUAAUGGUGUGAUUGUCACAUGAGGCAGGCGACUUCAUGCUUAAUCGACUCACCGGUAAUAAUCAGAGAUCUACACGAGCACACACAUAAGCAUGAAGUCGCCCUCUACUGGCUGUCUGAGUGGUUGAUUGCUAGUUCACCUUGGUGCCAUGGAACUCCUCAACGACCUCGUCGCGCCUUGCAACGGGGUAAUCGUACUUCAUCGUCGCACCAGCAGCAGCACUCAUGCGACGGGACCUCCAGAGGAAGCCAGUGCGCUUGUGCAGGGGUGGCAGGAAGGAGGCAGCUUGCGAGCGGAGAGUGACGGCCGCAGUGAGUGAGAAGGGCAGGAGCAUCAACCACAGCAGCAUCCACCACUGCAGCGCACAAACACAAACUGUUGCCUGUCAAGGCCAGCUAAUGAGUGCAUCUUUCCUACAUCUCAGUGAAGAUUUUCAGUCCUUCAGACGACGGCUGUUCCU